AUGGCAUUUUUUGGCGUGACAACUGCUGCGGAGGACAACACCGGUCCAACAACUGCCAGCGCCGCCGCCGACGAUAUCAUCGAGGUCGACCCCAGGGCCAACCCCGACCCCGACGAAGGCUACCAAGCCGACUGGCUAUCGACCGCGACGGCGUCCAUCUCCUCGAGCGUCCGGGACUACGUCUUCGAGAACAACCGCCGAUACCACAAGUUCAAGGAAGGGCGCUACCUAAUCCCCAAUGACAACGAGGAGCAGGAGCGCGAGGACAUGAAACACGCCCUCGUGCUGCAUCUCUGCGGAGGCAAGCUGCAUCUGGCGCCGUUAGAUCAUCCUCAGAAUAUCCUCGACGUCGGCACUGGCACGGGCAUCUGGGCUAUCGACAUGGGCGACGAGUACCCCUCUGCGGAAAUCACCGGCAUCGACCUCAGCCCGAUCCAACCGUCAUGGGUGCCUCCCAACGUCAAGUUCAUCGUCGACGACGCCGAGACGGAAUGGGUAGACCCUCCAAACUCGCUCGACUGCAUCCACCUGCGCCACAUGGCUCUGACUAUAAAGGAUAUGCCGCGCCUCUUGGAGCAAGCGUACAAGGCCCUGAAACCGGGAGGUUGGAUCGAGCUGCAGGACUUCCUGUACAUCACACACAGCGACGAUGGCUCCAAGCCCGACGACUACAAGUACGACGAGUUCGUCAGGCUGCUGCGCGAGGGCUUUCUCAAGUUCGGCUUCGACCUGCACGGGCAGCAGAAGAACGAGGGCAUGGUCAAGGACGCCGGCUUCGUCAACGUCGACAACAAGAUGUACAAGGCGCCCAUCGGCACGUGGCCCAAGAACCAGGGGCUCAAGAAGGCGGGGCUGUACAACAUGGCCAUCAUACUCGACUUCUUCUCGGCUGUCAUGGCCCCCUUCACCCGCGGCCUUGGAUGGUCCACCGAGCAGGUCGAGGUCUUCCUGAUCGACGUCAGGAAGUCCAUCCAUAACACCAACAUACACGCGUAUUACACCCUUCACAUGGUCAUUGGACAAAAGCCGUUGGAUGCAGCUUAG